AUGAUAAGAUCAACCAAAUUAUUCCAACCACUUUUCUCAUCAAAAGUCUUAGGUUCAUAUGGACCAAAUUUAGCACUUGAACCAUCGAAAUAUUCAGGCUCAAGAUUCUCAUCAAAUACUACUCCACAACCAAAACAUUUAACUAAUGACCAAGCAUUACCAGAUCCAGCUAAAGCAAUUUUAAAAUACAAAUUAUUCCACUACAGCACCAUUGGUCUUGCUAUUUGUUUACCAGCUUCAAUUUUACUCCCAGCCAGUGGUCUCACUUUAGCAACUGAUUGUAUUCUCGGUGUUGUUCUCCCAACUCAUCUCUUUUUUGGUUUAAAUGCAGUUAUUAAUGAUUAUAUUUACCAACCAUUCGUUAGAAAAACUUUUGCUUUAGGUUCAAUUAUUAUUUCAGCUGUUGUUGGUUUAGGUGUUUUAUUCAUCACCUCAAAACACGAAAGUUUUGGUACAGUUGUUCGUAGAUUAUGGACUAAAUAA